CUCACUAUAAAACCAACCCUUCCUCCUUCCUCCAUCUCCCAUUCCCGACCCUAAAAUCAUAUCAUCUUCGUCUAUCUUCAUUAAGGGAGAUUAAUAAUGGCGAGAUCACCGGAGGAGAGUGGCCUGAAGAAGGGGCCAUGGACGCCGGAAGAAGACCAGAAACUCGUUGAGUAUAUACAGAGACAUGGGCAUGGAAGCUGGAGAGCUCUCCCAAAGCUUGCCGGACUGAACAGGUGUGGGAAGAGUUGUAGACUGAGGUGGACAAACUAUCUGAGGCCUGAUAUCAAGAGAGGAAAAUUCUCUGAUGAAGAAGAGAACACCAUCAUCAACCUCCACUCGGUUCUCGGCAACAAAUGGUCAGCCAUAGCUACUCAUCUUCCCGGGAGAACAGAUAAUGAAAUCAAGAACUUCUGGAACACCCAUCUGAAGAAGAAGCUUAUGCAAAUGGGGAUUGAUCCGGUCACUCACAGACCGAGAACUGACCUUAACAUCCUCGCUAAUUUACCUCAGUUGCUUGCAGCAGCCAAUUUGAGUACUUCUCUCAUGAAUAAUCCUUGGGACAAUGCCCUCAGACUGCAGUCAGAUGCCACCCAACUAGCCAAACUCCACUUGCUGCAUAACCUACUGCAAGUUCUAGGCACCAGUCCCACUGCUCUUCCCCCAAACAUGGAAGCAGGCAACCUCUUUGGAACACCAUCUUUUAUGGACCAUCAAGCCUACGAGUACCCUACCUCAAAUCCUCAGCUCAAUGGACUAAUUGGUCUCCCCCCAACAGACCUGGCUCAGACUCUUUCAAGUAUUCCUAGCUUUGUCCCUCCUCAAGAACCCGGUUUCGAGUACCAGGCCAUGGAGAACUCAAAAGUUUGUGCCGGGAACAACAAUGAUGGAGAUGAACUCGGCUCUUUAUAUGCCAUUCCUGCAUUGGUUUCGGCCUCACCUGAGCCAUCCACAGUGAAUAAAAAGGAGAAGAAGAUCGAACCGGCUCAUGACAUCUCCAAUCCUUCAUCCACUUCAACAACCUUUGAAGCCUGGGGAGAACUCAUGGAUGAUGAAGCAAGUGACUCUUACUGGAGAGACCUUAUAGACCAAGCUUCAUCUUCGCCAUGGCCAAUCUCAUCAUAAACCUGGGUUUUGAUGUAAAGAAAAUAAUGGUUCAUUUCUGGGUUGGUUUCACAUAUAGAUAUUGAGUACAGCUGCUGUCCACAAGCUACCACUGUAUAAAGAAAGCCCCACAUGAUUCAUAUUAUUUAUGGCACUAUUUGUUUUGUAUACCAAGCCCUCUCAUCAUCUCCUGCAUCAACUCCAAUUUUCUGUAAUUCGCUUCCGAUUUUCUUAAUAAUACUUGUUAAUUAAUAUUCUUAGUUUUAUAAACGAACAGGUAUUGAAUUUA